AUGCCUUACUCGCUACGAGGCAAAAAUGUCCUGGUGACGGCUGGUUCACGAGGACUUGGUGCUCUUGUCUGUGAGAAAUUCGCAGAAAACGGCUCUAAUAUUGCCAUCAACUAUUAUUCCAACGUCGACUCGGCCAAGGCCUUGGCCAACAGUUUACAAGAGAAAUACUCUGUUAAAGUUCAUAUUAUCAAGGGGGACGCAACAGCCGCCGAAGACAAUGAGCGACUCGUCAAAGAAACCGUUUCAGAGCUAGGUGGCUUGGAUAUUAUUAUCGCCAACGCAGGUUGGACAAGAUUUGCAAAACCAGGUGAUAUAUAUGACUUGUCUCUUGACGAGUGGAAUAGGUGCUGGCAAGCAAAUGUGAUGAGCCAUUUGCAACUCAUGCAAGCAGCAAAGCCAAUCUUGGAACAGAACGCCGACGGAGGAGUUUACCUGUUGACUUCAUCGAUUGCGGGUACCUUGACUGGAGGAAGUAGCAUGGGCUACUCUGUCACCAAAGCCGCGGGCUUGCAUCUCAUGAAGCAUUUUGCAUUCUGCCUCGGACCUAAGAUCCGCGUAAAUGCAGUCUUGCCGGGUCUUUUGCUUACUGAAUGGGGAAACCAGUAUGGCGAGACAGCGAUCAACAAUAUGAAGGAGAAGGCUGCACUGAAGCAAGAGACUUCCCUCGAAGAUUGUGCCAAUGUAUACAUAAAUCUCGCUCAAAACAGCUCCAUGACUGGACAGGAAGUGAUAGUUGAUGCUGGGUUGGCGAUGGGUAGUCUCCCAAAAUAA